CUUCGAAUCAAAUAUCAAAAAGUGAAUUUUUUUUUUUUCGAAAUGUCGCAACAAGAAGCAUUGUUGAUCAUCAAAGAUGGACCAACAUUUACCGGCAUAUCAUUCGGUUAUCAAGAUAAAUGUGUUGCCGGCGAAAUUGUUUUUCAAACCGGUAUGGUUGGAUAUGUCGAAUCGAUGACUGAUCCAUCAUAUCAUAAACAGAUUCUUGUUUUCACUUAUCCAUUGAUCGGUAAUUAUGGUGUACCGAAUGAUAAGGAUCCAAAAUUGGAUGAAUUCAAUCUGCCCGUUUAUUUUGAAUCAAGAAAAAUAUGGCCCAUCUGUGUAGUGAUGAGUGAAUUAUCAUCGAAUUAUAGCCAUUGGAAUUCCUAUCAAUCAUUCGAUGAAUAUUUAUUGAAAAAUUUCGUCACUGGUAUUCAUGGAAUCGAUACACGACAAUUGACUAGAUAUCUUCAAGAUAAAGGUUCAACAUUGGCCAAAAUUGUCUACAAAACACAGGCAAUUGUUGAUUUUCCGUUCUAUGAUCCGAAUACCGAUAAUUUAGUCGAUGAAGUUUCAUUGAUAGAACCAAAAAUUUUUAAUGAAAAUGGAUUCCCAAAGAUAUUGGCCAUUGAUUGUGGUAUGAAAUAUAAUCAAAUUCGAUGUUUAGCUCGACGAGGUGCCCAAGUGAAAGUUGUACCAUGGAAUUGGCCAUUAGAUAAUGAAGAUUUUGAUGGACUUUUCAUCAGUAAUGGUCCAGGUGAUCCAUCAUUCUGUGGUAAAACCGUGGAAAAUAUUUCCAAAUUAAUACACGAUGGUGAACGACCAAUUUUUGGUAUCUGUCUUGGACAUCAAAUUCUAUCACAAGUUGCCGGAGCUAAAACAUAUAAAAUGAAAUUUGGUAAUCGUGGCCAUAAUCAACCGGUAUUGUUUCGUGAUCGAAUCAAAUGUUGUAUUACAUCACAAAAUCAUGGUUUUGCAGUGGAUGAAAAAUCAUUGUCCAAUGAUUGGAUACCAAUUUUCACGAAUGCCAAUGAUCAUUCCAAUGAAGGUAUUGCACAUCGUUGGAAACCAUUUUUUAGUGUUCAAUUUCAUCCUGAACAUAUGGCCGGUCCUGAAGAUAUGGAAUUUUUGUUCGAUAUUUUUAUUCAAUCUAUAAUCUUGUAUUUGGAAGGUGGAAAUAAUAUUCCAAUUACUGAGAAAAUUUCACAAUAUUUACUUACACCAUCACUUGAAUAUUCGCCGGAAAAUUGUCGUGCUUGUUAUCCAAAAAAAGUUCUUAUACUUGGUUCUGGUGGACUUUCAAUUGGACAGGCAGGUGAAUUUGAUUAUUCCGGAUCACAGGCGAUCAAGGCAUUGAAAGAGGAAAAAAUUCAAACCGUUUUAAUCAAUCCAAAUAUUGCCACUGUGCAAACGAAUCCAGGAAUGGCUGAUAAAAUCUAUUUUCUACCAAUAACAAAAGAAUAUGUAGCCGAUGUAAUCAAAAAUGAACGUCCAGAUGGAAUAUUUCUUAUGUUUGGCGGUCAAACUGCUUUGAAUUGUGGUAUUGAAUUGGAAAAAAGUGGCAUUCUACAACAAUAUAAUGUUCGUGUACUUGGAACACCGAUCAAAUCAAUAAUCGAUUCGGAAGAUAGAAAAAUUUUUGCCGAAAAAGUAUCACAAGUUGGUGGCGAAGUGGCUCCAAACGAGGCAGUUUAUUCAGUAGCUGAAGCAUUGGAAAAAGCAGAUAAACUUGGUUAUCCAAUUUUAAUUCGUUCAGCAUAUGCUUUGGGUGGUAUGGGUUCCGGAUUUGCUCAGGAUUCUGAUGAAUUAGUAAAAUUAGUCAAACAAGCAUUGGUUCAUUCAUCACAAGUAUUGAUGGAUAAAAGCCUAAAAGGAUGGAAAGAAGUUGAAUAUGAAGUAUUACGUGAUGCAUAUAAUAAUUGUAUUACCGUGUGUAAUAUGGAAAAUCUUGAUCCAUUAGGAAUACAUACUGGUGAAUCAAUUGUGGUGGCACCUAGUCAAACAUUAACGAAUCGUGAAUAUAAUAAAUUACGUACUAUGGCCAUAAAAGUUGUAAAACAUCUUGGUGUCGUUGGCGAAUGUAAUAUCCAAUAUGCAUUGAAUCCAUAUUCGGAAGAAUUCUAUAUUAUUGAAGUCAAUGCACGUCUUAGCCGCAGUUCUGCAUUAGCAUCGAAAGCCACUGGUUAUCCAUUGGCAUAUAUUGCUGCAAAAGUUGCUUUGAAUAUUCCAUUACCAUGUUUGAUAAAUAGUGUAACCGGGUCCACUACUGCUUGUUUUGAACCAAGUCUUGAUUAUUGUGUUGUGAAAAUACCACGUUGGGAUUUAGGUAAAUUUACCAACGUAACACAUUUGAUUGGUAGUUCAAUGAAAAGUGUUGGUGAAGUGAUGGCAAUUGGAAGAAAUUUUGAAGAAGCGUUUCAAAAAGCUCUACGAAUGGUCGAUGAAAGUGUUAUGGGUUUUGAAACGAAUUUGAAGAAAGCAACAAAAGAAGAAUUAGAAUGCCCUACGGAUAAACGAAUAUUUGCAUUAGCUGCAGCAUUGGAAGCAGAUUGGAAAAUUGAAAAAUUACAUGAAUUAACAAAAAUUGAUCUAUGGUUUUAUAAAUUGAAAAAUAUUAUCAAUUUUCAACAACAUUUAAAAUCUUUGAAAUCACUUUCAAAUGAUGAUUUGAUACGGGCCAAAAAACUUGGAUUUUCCGAUAAAUUUAUUGCCCAUUGUGUUGUUAGUCAUGAAUUGAUGAUACGAAAACAACGAAUUGCUAAUAAUAUUCGACCAUUUGUGAAAAAAGUCGACACCGUUUCAGCUGAAUGGCCUGCAUCGACAAAUUAUCUUUAUCUUACAUAUAAUGCAACCGAAUCCGACGAUACAAUGAUGGCCAGCAAUAAUAAUAACGGUGGCGGUGUUAUGGUAUUGGGUAGUGGUGUCUAUCGUAUUGGUUGUUCAGUGGAAUUUGAUUGCUGUGCUGUUGGUUGUGUACAAGAAUUGGCCAAGAUGAAUAAACGUACAAUUAUGGUAAAUUGUAAUCCAGAAACAGUUAGCACUGAUUAUGAUAUGUGUGAUAAACUUUAUUUUGAAGAAAUUUCUUUCGAAACUGUUAUGGAAAUAUAUGAUAUGGAAAAACCGGAAGGUAUCAUCUUGAGUAUGGGUGGACAAUUGCCCAACAAUAUUGCAAUGGAUUUAUUUCGUCAGAAAGCAAUUAUUCUUGGUACAUCACCAGAAUUUAUUGAUAGUGCAGAAAAUCGUUUUAAAUUCUCUCGAUUAAUGGAUGAAGUUGGUAUUAUGCAACCACAAUGGAAAGAAUUGACGGAUAUUGAACAAGCAAAAAAAUUUUGUUCACAAGUUGGCUACCCAUGUGUUAUACGUCCAUCAUAUGUGUUGUCUGGUGCAGCAAUGAAUGUUGCACAUUCAGAAAGAAAUCUAGAAAAUUAUCUUAAUGAAGCCACAGCUGUUAGUAAAGAACAUCCAGUGGUAAUCUCGAAAUUCAUUAAAGAAGCUAAAGAAAUCGAUAUUGAUGCUGUGGCCCAACAAGGAAUGUUAAUCGCAAUGGCUGUUUCGGAACACGUUGAAAAUGCUGGUGUUCAUUCUGGCGAUGCUACAUUGGUUACACCACCACAAGAUUUGAAUAAAGAAACAUUGACAAAAAUCAAGAUUAUUUGUGAAAAAAUUGCCAAAGCUUUGGAAGUUAAUGGACCAUUCAAUAUGCAAUUGAUAGCUAAAGAUAAUGAUCUUAAAGUUAUUGAAUGUAAUCUACGAAUAUCACGUUCAUUUCCAUUUACAUCGAAAACAUUGGAUUGCGAUCUGGUUGCAUUGGCUACACGUGUUAUAAUGGGCAUUCGUGAAACACCGAUCGAUUUAUUAUCGAAAUCAUCAAUGAUGGAUGAUCGUGGAAUCAAUAAUAACGCUCAUUGUUAUCGCCGAGUUGGUGUAAAAGUGCCACAAUUUUCAUUCUCACGUUUAAGUGGUGCUGAUGUCACAUUGGGUGUUGAAAUGGCUAGUACCGGUGAAGUUGCCUGUUUCGGUGAAAAUCGUUAUGAAGCCUAUUUGAAAGCAAUGAUUAGUACUGGAUUUCGUAUUCCCAAGAAAAGAAUUGCAUUAAUAUCGAUUGGUGCUCAUAAACAUAAAUCUGAAUUAUUGCCAAGUAUACGAACAUUACAUCAUAUGGGUUAUCGGCUAUAUGCUACAUUAGGUACAGCUGAUUUUUAUAAUGAAAAAGACAUUCCUGUUGAAGCCGUAGAGCUUCCGUUCCUUGAAGAUGAUACCAUUCCAAAUCGUACGAAAAUCAAUGAUAUUGCACAAUAUUUAUCUAAAAAAGAAAUUGAUUUAGUUAUCAAUCUACCGAUGAGAACAAGUGGUGCACGGCGUGUUUCAACACUUGGUUAUCGUUAUAGGCGAUUUGCCGUUGAUUAUGCUAUACCAUUGAUAUCGGAUGUAAAAUGUGCUAAAUUAUUGGUUGAAGCAUUGAAACUUAUUGAUAAUAACCCACCAUUGAAAACACAUAUCGAUUGUUUGACUUCGAGAAAAAUCAUUCGAUUACCUGGAUUGAUUGAUGUUCAUGUACAUUUUCGGGAACCUGGUGCAUCGGAAAAAGAAGAUUUUGAAUCCGGCACUUCUGCCGCUUUAGCUGGUGGUAUUACAUUAGUCGGUGCUAUGCCCAAUACAAAACCACCGAUAACGAAUCAAGAAACAUUGCAACAAGUUUUAAAUAUUGCUCAAACAAAAGCAAAAUGUGAUUUUGCUUUAUUCAUGGCAGCUACAAAUGAUAAUGCCGAUGAAUUAGCAAGCAUUGCCCGUUCCACUAGAUUUAUGGCUGUAAAAAUGUAUCUGAAUGAUACAUAUGGACAGCUAAGAUUGGAUUCAAUGAUUGAAUGUAUGAAUCAUUUUGAAAAAUUACCAAAAAACGUUCUGAUCUGUGUACAUGCUGAACGACAAACCACAGCGAUGGUGAUACUAUUAUCACAAUUAUAUGAUCGUCAUGUUCACAUUUGUCAUGUGGCACGUGAAGAAGAAAUUUUGAUGAUUAAAAAGGCUAAAGAAAAAGGAAUAAAUGUUACAUGUGAAGUGACUCCACAUCAUCUGUUUCUUUGUGAAGAUGAUAUUGAACAAAUUGGAAAGAAUCGUUCAAAUGUUAAACCAAAUCUUGUGACGGCUAAAGAUCAACGUGCAUUAUGGGAAAAUUUGUCCAUAAUCGAUGUAUUUGCAACAGAUCAUGCACCACAUUUAGUAGAGGAAAAAGAUUCCAAUCAAGCACCACCUGGAUUUCCUGGUCUCGAAACAAUGCUUGCAUUGUUAUUGACAGCUGUACGUGAAGGAAGACUUAAAUUGGAUGAUUUGAUUAAAAAACUUUAUUAUAAUCCGAUGAAAAUUUUCGAUUUACCAGAUCAACCUGAUACAUAUGUUGAAGUUGAUUUGGAUGAAGAUUGGAUCAUACCACAAGCAAUGUCAUUUACAAAAUCACGAUGGACACCAUUCGCUGGUCGAAAAGUCUACGGACGUGUAAGACGUAUUGUUUUGCGUAAUGAAGUUGCAUUUGUUGAUGGUAACAUCCUGGUUCAACCAGGAUUCGGUCGUAAUAUAUUACAAACAUUGGAAAAUAAAACUCCGGCCACCAAUAUACAUACAUUAAAUAUUGAAACAACAAAUAUUGAAGAAACAAUGGCAACACCACCAAUGAUUGAUGAUCAAUCGGGUGAUCAAAACAUUCCAACAUCCACCAAUACAUCAUUAUCCGUUUUGUCGGCAACAUUACAGCAACAGACAACGGAAAUUUAUUUGGAAAUGUUUAAAGAACUUGGAAUUAACGAUAAAUCAUAUUCACCAAGAAUACCAGCAAAUUUACCAACCAUUUCACAAGUGCAUGGUUUAUCUGGCAAAAAUGUUCUAUCCGUUAUGGAUUUUAAUCGUGAACAAUUACAUGAAAUAUUUAAUUUAGCACAUAAAUUUCGUAUCUGUGUAGCGAAAGAAAAACCAUUGGAUCGUGGAAAUGAACCACCUGUGGCUGUUGAAUCAAUUUUAAAGGGAAAAUUGAUGGCUUUGAUAUUCUAUGAAGUUAGCACCCGUACAUCAUGUUCAUUUGCUGCAGCGAUGCAACGUUUAGGUGGUGGUAUUAUCUAUAUGAAUAUAGAAACAUCAUCAGUACAGAAAGGUGAAACAUUGGAAGAUUCUGUAGCAGUGAUGUCAAAUUAUGCUGAUGUUGUCGUAUUGCGGCAUCCACAAAAACAUGCCGUAGAACGUGCAUCAAAAGUAUGCCUAAAACCAAUCAUCAAUGCUGGUGAUGGUAUUGGUGAACAUCCAACACAAGCAUUAUUAGAUAUAUUUACUAUACGUGAAGAAAUUGGCACCGUUAAUAAUUUAGUGAUAACAUUAUGUGGUGAUUUAGCCAAUGGUCGAACUGUACAUUCAUUAGCAAGAAUGUUAACACAUUAUAAAAUUUGGUUAAAUUAUGUUUCACCACCACAAUUACGAAUGCCAAAUGAAGUGAAAGAAUAUGUAUCAUCCAAGAAAAUCGCUCAAAAAGAAUAUGAUUCAUUGGAAUCGAUUCUUUCGGAAACUGAUGUUCUUUAUAUGACAAGAAUACAACGUGAAAGAUUUGGUGAUAUGAAAGAAUAUAAAAAAUACUGUGGUAUGUACGUCAUAACACCACAAUUGAUGACAAAAGCUAAAAAACGUAUGAUUGUAAUGCAUCCAUUACCACGUGUGAAUGAAAUAUCACCGGAUUUUGAUAAUGAUCCACGUGCUGCAUAUUUUCGUCAAGCUGAAUGUGGAAUGUACGCACGUAUGGCAUUAUUAGCUAUGGUGAUGGGAAAAUUUUAACCGUACACCGUCAUAAAAGUACGGAUAUUUUACUACCGAAAAUAUUUUCAAAUUGUCGUUCAUAAAUGAUACAAUUUUCUCCUGAAAAUUUUGAAAAAAAUGAAUCAUUUUGUUGCAUUGGAAAUUAAAAAACAAAAAUUAUAUUCACCUUUAA